AUGCCCCUUCUAGGCACGGGCGUCCUACUCGUCGUCGUCGUCCUCCUCCGGCUUAUACCCUAUACGCGUCUAACGUAUAACCUAGUUAUAGAUACGCUCUAUACGGUCGCCACUAUUCUCGCCGUCGCGAAGGCGGAGAUCGUUACCUACGCGCACCGCCUCUAG